GAGCAAGCUUAGGUGGAGAUCAAGAAAUAGGGGACGGAGAAAGAUAAGGCCACUGCUGUUUUGGAGGGAAGGAAAAGAGUUUGGCUUGUCAGGUGCUUCUCAGGCUCCAUGGCUUUGAGCAAGAGAGUGCUAUUCAUCUUCCAGGCCAUAGUGUGCGUCUGUUUCUUCAGUUUAACCCAAGGCAACCAGCAAUUCAGUUUAAGGAAUCUCCCUCCCCUCCAGAAGGCAAGCACCUUCGGGGCGAUGCGCCCCGAGACAUACGACUACAUUGUCGUCGGCGGGGGCACCGCCGGGUGCCCCCUGGCGGCGACAUUGUCGCUCAGGUACAAGGUGCUCCUGCUGGAGAGGGGAGGGUCUCCGUAUGGCAACCGGAACGUCUCCUACAUGGAGAACUUCCACAUUGGCCUGAGCAAUAUGGCGCCGGAUUCAGCAUCUCAGGCCUUCAUCUCCACUGACGGCGUCAUCAAUGCCCGGGCGAGGGUGUUGGGAGGUGGCACUUGCAUCAAUGCUGGCUUCUACAGCCGGGCCAGCUCAAGCUUCAUCCAGGAGGUAGGCUGGGAUGAAGACCUGGUGAAUGAGUCCUUCCCUUGGGUGGAGGACAAAAUCGUGCAGUGGCCUAAGAUCGCACCUUGGCAGGCCGCAUUAAGGGAUGGGCUGCUCCAAGCAGGUGUAUCUCCUUUCAAUGGCUACACAUAUGACCAUGUUUCUGGGACCAAAGUUGGUGGCACCAUCUUUGAUGAGACUGGCUACCGCCACACAGCAGCCGACUUACUUGCAGCUGGAGAUCCUAACAAUCUACGGGUGCUGCUCCAUGCUAGUGUGAACAAGAUAGUCUUCAACUCGCAGAGAGGGCAACUGAAGCCAAGGGCAACUGGAGUUCAGUUCACCGAUGAGAAUGGAAGACUCCACCAGGCAUUCCUCAACAACAACUGUGAUAGUGAAAUCGUUGUCUCUGCUGGUGCAAUUGGCAGCCCCCAGUUGCUGCUGCUCAGUGGGAUUGGACCCAAGAAUGACCUUAAGAGUCAUAAAAUUCCUGUAGUACUCCAUAACAAGUAUGUGGGUAAAGGGAUGGCUGAUAACCCCAUGAACUCCAUAUUUAUACCGACAAAAAGCCCCCCACGCCAGUCCCUGAUUGAGACUGUUGGAAUAACUGAAGCUGGUGUGUUCAUUGAGGCCAGCAGUGGUUUUGGGCAGUCACCAGAAAGCAUCCAUUGCCACCAUGGAAUCAUGUCCGCUGAGAUUGGACAGCUGUCCACAAUUCCUCCAAACCAAAGAAGCCUGGAAAAAGCACAGAAGUAUGCACAUACCAAACUUAAUCUACCCAAAGAGAUAUUCCACGGUGGUUUUAUCCUCGAAAAGAUUGAUGGUCCACUAUCUACGGGACAUCUUGCCCUUAUAGACACUGAUGUUAGGAACAACCCUGCGGUCACCUUCAACUACUUCAGUCAUCCACAGGAUCUCACACGAUGUGUCUAUGGAAUCAAGACCAUUGAAAGAAUACUGAAGACAAACCGUUUCUCUGAACUGUCUGCCAACAAUGAUGGAUAUUCAAUGGAAAGAGUGCUCAAUAUGAGUGUGCAGGCUAAUGUGAACUUGAUACCCAAGCAUACAAAUGAUACAGAAUCCCUAGAGCAAUUUUGCAGGGAUACAGUAAUAACCAUCUGGCACUACCAUGGUGGAUGCCAUGUAGGGAAAGUGGUUGAUCAGCAACACCGUGUGCUUGGAGUUUCAGGUGUCCGUGUAGUCGAUGGAUCAACAUUUUCUAGAUCACCAGGGACAAACCCUCAAGCCACGGUCAUGAUGAUGGGCAGAUACUUUGGGGUGAUGAUCCUAAGGGGAAGACUAGGACGAGCAGCUGGAGUGUAAUCGAUUCCUGGACACCAGCCUUUUGUUAUGUGUGACCUAGAGAAGGAAUUACUAAUUAUUGCUGGGAUCUAGUGUGAAUCACCAAAAGACAAGCUAGGAGUUUCAUCUGUACCCAGUAAUCAUUUGUGCCAUGUGAUUGAAGAUCAAAUGGUUUAUUGA